AGCCGAGCGCCGCGGAGCGGGGCCGGAGCGGGGCCGCCAUGCGCCCGGGGCCGGGGCUGCCGGUGCUGCCGGUGCUGCCGGUGGUGCUGGCGCUGCUGGCGGCGGCGGCGCGGCCGGGCAGCGGCGAGGAGGCGAUCCAGUGCCCGCCGUGCUCGGAGGAGCGGCUGGCGCGGUGCAAGGCUCCGCAGGGCUGCGCGGAGCUGGUGCGGGAGCCGGGCUGCGGGUGCUGCGCGACCUGCGCUCUGCCCCGCGGCACCGCCUGCGGCGUCUACACCGCGCGCUGCGGUGCGGGGCUGCGCUGCUACCCCCCCCGCGGCGAGCCCCGGCCCCUCCGCACCCUCAUGCACGGCCAGGGCAUCUGCACAGACCUGGCCGACGUCGAGGCCAUCCAGGAGAGCCUCCAGCCCCCAGAGAAGGAGGAGAUUGACCACCCCAACAACAGCUUCAGUCCCUGCAGCAUCCACGACCGCAAGUGCCUGCAGAAGCAGCAGGCGAAGAGAGUCAACAACGGCAACAAGAUGCGCAGCAGCGGGGGCCCUCACCACCGCGACGACACGCGGGUCAUGGCACAGGGCUCGUGCCAGAGCGAGCUGCACCGGGCGCUGGAGAGGCUGGCGGCGUCGCAGACACGGACGCACGAGGACCUGUACGUCAUCCCCAUCCCCAACUGCGACCGCAACGGCAACUUCCACCCCAAGCAGUGUCACCCAGCCCUGGAUGGCCAGCGGGGCAAGUGCUGGUGUGUGGACCGCAAGACGGGGGUGAAGCUGCCGGGCUUCCUGGAGCUGAAGGGAGACUUGGACUGUCACCAGCUGGCCGACAGCAUGUGAGCGUGACCGCGGUGGCCCCGCGCCGUGCAGGGCCAGGACCCCCACGGAGGCUGCCUGGGAGAGAAGGAGAGGGGACGUGACUGCUGAGCAGUGCCCUGGUGCUGGGACACCCCGGGAUGCAGCUCGGAUCGCACCGUGCUCUGCGCCGAGGGCUGCCCACGGCACUGCCACCUGCGCCAUGACCACUAUCAGCCACUGCCAGGGGUCCUGGCACGCGCCACCCCACAUGGACACAGCUUGGAUGAUCCUGGGACUGGGGUUGGGCUGCCUGGGUGGAGGGGAUGGGGGGCACCCUUGAUGCUGCUGCUGCUGUUGCCCUGUUUUCAGCCUGUUUUUAGCCUGGCCUCGCAGGCGAUCUCGGACACCUGGCAUCUUGUGGGGUGCAGAGGCAGCAUCACAUUUGCAGCUCAGUGCCCUCCACACCAAACCUCUGCAUGGGCAGCAGCAGAAGUGCCUCAUCCUGCCCUCCCUGGUGGUGAGAGGCUGCCCAGGCAAGGACUGGGGGACCUGGAGAGACCCCCCCACCUCCACCUGCAUCCCACCCCGAGUGUGUGUGUGUGAAGGGCAGUGUGGCCACACAGAGCAAUAAGAGACCUUCCCCCUCCCUGCUGCAGCCCCCCAGCCCCACAGCCCGGGACCUCCUCUCCAAAGCCCAGCCCCUACUCCCUGUGCAGGGACAAAGCCUCCCAUCCAUCCUGUCUCCCCCUCCUCCAUCCUGGGGUGAGGGGGGUCAGGAUCCCCAGGCAAGCACCAUUGAGGGAAGGGUGGAGGUGUGAGGGAUGCCCAGGAAACAUAUCCCAGGGGGAAGAGCUUCUUUUGUUUUGAGUUUUUCUUGCUUCCACAAAUUUUUUAGUAUUUAAAAAGUGUUGUUGGUGGGAUCUAGUAAGUGACUGUGUGGCCCCGAGGCUGGAAUUCUCCAUCCCCAGGGACCAGGGCAAUGCAGUGAUGGCUCCUGUCUUUUUUUCUUGGCUAAUGUGACAAAACUGGGAUGGAUUCCGGAAUGCGUCCAUGAUGGGAUCUGCAGAUUUCACCAGCUCAAAAUUCUCAGCUCAGAAAUUGUCACUGGUUUUAUCAUCUGGUUUUUCUUCAUGCUAGGAUGGAAAUUUUUCACAUAAAAAUGCCGUGGAAAGUGUCCCAAAGACAGAGGGAACUUCCCCAAUCUCCUCCUGACCCACCCUCUGGCUCCAUGGCCUCAGUGGUAGGGUUUGGUUUCCACGUGGAUUUGUCCUGUCCAAGCUCCCCUGAUGGGAAUGAGUGUUUCAGUUUUAGUGAAACACCCUCUGCCCUCCUGCUCCCCUGCCUGCCCUGGCUGCCCGCGGCCCUGCUCACAGACAACUUCUAAACUGAGUCAGUUUGCCAGGACAGUCCUUGGUGGGGAGAGGGUCCCUGCCCCUGCCACCCCUCAGAGCCACUGCACCAAGGAAGGAAUUCCCACGGACAGUCCCAGUGCCAUCCCCCCUGUCCACAACAGGACACAGUGCAGUGGCAGUGCCAGCCUGGUGGCCUCAGUCACUCAGUGGCUCCCUGUGUGCACCAGGGCAGGUCCAGCAGGACUUUUCCUGUUUUGGGGGCUCCUGGCAAUGCUGAUGCACCAGGGCACAUCCUGUGUCCCGCUCCGAGGGCUCCAGCGUUUCGUAGCGUCUCUCCUGUAGUUUAGGGCUGUAUUUACACAUGACCAUGUACCAGUUUCCCCCACCCCCAGUGCAUCCCCUGGUGCCCAAGGGGUCCCUGUCCGUCCCUCUCCCGGGCCAAGCCCGUCCCAUCAGAUUCCCGUGUAGCACCGACCUUUUACAGUACACUUGAACCUUUGUAUCCUCAAAAAAGGUAAUUACUGUAUUUAAUUUCCCGUUA